AGAAGGCAAGAGGAGCCCCAGUCUUGGAGAAAACACUUGGCUACAACAUACAGUACUCUGCAGAGAACAGCACUAACCUCACAGAGAUAAACAACAUCACUACCCAGCAGUAUGAACUGCUUCUGUAUGAACCAGACAUACUGUGUGUCCGUGACUUCUUUUAAUUCUCUUGGCAAGUCCCAAGAGGCCAUCCUGAGGAUCCCAGAUGUUCAUGAGGAGACCUUCCAGUGCAUCAAGGGCAUGCAGGCCCACAUAGCCGAGCCCCUGCUGGUGGUGGACUGGCAGAGCUCCAUUCCCGAGGUGGACACUUGGAUAGUGGAGUGGCUCCCAGAGACGGCCGAGUCGAAGUUGCCUGCCCUUUCCUGGGAAUCUGUGUCUCAGGUCACCAACUGGACCAUCGAGCAAGAUAAAUUAGAACCUUUCACAUGCUAUAAUAUAUCAGUGUAUCCAGUGUUGGGACACCGAGUCGGAGAGCCAUAUUCAAUCCAAGCUUAUGCCAAAGAAAAAGCUCCAUCAAAAGGUCCUGUGACCGGGGUGGAGAACAUCGGUCUGAAGACAGCCACGAUCACAUGGAAAGAGAUUCCCAAGGACAUUAGAAAUGGAUUUAUCAACAAUUACACUAUAUUUUACCAAGCUGAAGGUGGAAAAGAAUUCUCCAAGAUUGUUAACUCCCAUGCCCUUCAGUGUGACCUGGAGUCUCUGACACGAAGGACUUCUUAUUCUGUUUGGGUCAUGGCCAGCACCAGAGCUGGAGGUAUCAACGGGACGAGAAUAAACUUCAAGACACUGUCAAUCAGUGUCUUUGAAAUCGUCCUUCUAACAUCUCUGGUUGGAGGAGGCCUUCUUCUACUCAGCAUCAGAACGGUGACUUUGGGUCUCCGAAAGCCAAACCGAUUGACUCGUCUGUGUUGUCCCGACGUUCCUAAUCCUGCUGACAGUAGUUUAGCCACAUGGCUGGGAGAUGACUUCAAGAAGUCAAGUAUGAAGGAGACUGAAAACUCUGGAAACACAGAAGACAGGGCCCUAAAACCAUGUCCUGUCCCUGCUGACCUCAUUGACAAGCUAGUAGUAAACUUUGGGAAUUUCCUGGAAAUAGUUUCAACAGAGGAAGCUGGAAAGGGUCAGGAGAGCACUUUGGGAGGAGAGGCAAAUGAGUAUGUGACCUCCCCGUCUAGGCCUGACGGCCCCCCAGGGAAAAGUUUUAAGGAGCCCUCAGUUUUAACUGAGGCUGCUUCUGAAGACUCUCACAGCGAGCGUUCGGGAAUGGCAGAAGAGGCGUACUCAGAAUUUGAGAAGCAAUCUCCGUCUUCUUGUCAGAGUCCAGGACUAGAGCCACCCUGUGAAGAGCGAGCUCAGAAUCCAUAUCUGAAAAAUUCAGUGGCAACCCGGGAGUUUCUUGUGCAUAAAAACACUCCAGUGCACAUCGAGGGAGAAAUCUAA